AUGGUUGGUAACAUUUUUAUUAGUUUGAUCUGUUUGCUUUUCAGCCUCGUUGAAGCACUUCAUUUCGAUAUCGAAGCCAAGGCUACACCGGAACCAUUUUGUGUUCGUGAUUUUGUUUCUGAAGGUCAAUUAGUGGUGGUAGAUAUAUCUAGUGAUGGUCAAGUAGGUGAUGGUCAAGUUCUAAACCUAUAUAUUCGUGAUUCUGUUGGUAAUGAAUACCGUAGAAAGAGGGAUUUUGCAGGUGAAGUACGUGUCCCAUUUACGGCUCCAUCAUCAACUUCAUUUGACGUCUGUUUAGAGAAUACUGCUCAGUACCAAGGUAGGACCAUGAGCAGAUCCGUGGAAUUGGAGAUUGAAAGUGGUUCAGAGGCAAGAGAUUGGAAUAUGAUUAGUGCAGCGGAGAAAUUGAAACCAAUUGAAGUGGAACUACGUAGAGUUGAGGAAUUAGCCGAUGAAAUCGUUGACGAAUUAAGUUAUUUGAAAAAUAGAGAAGAAAGAUUAAGAGAUACAAACGAAUCCACCAAUGACAGAGUUAAAAAUUUCUCUCUCCUUGUCAUUAUUGUACUUGUUUCAAUGGGCCUAUGGCAAAUCAAUUAUUUGAGAAACUAUUUCAAGACUAAACAUAUCAUUUAA